AUGUCAGAUAAACCAAGUUCAUCAUAUUUCCAAGAUCUAGUCCAAAAAUCCAAAGACAGCCAAGAAAAAGACCCUUACGCUAUUGAAAACUUUGGAGAAUCAAAAAAAAAACCAAGCCGCCUCCUUGCCAAAUGGAAUCGCUUAAAAUCUACUUUCGUAGGAAAAGAAGGAUUUUCUGAAAAAUUCAUACAAGGCUUCAAAAUGGGUGGGAUCGUCGGGGGAAUUUUUGGCUCGCUUUCUGGCAUUUUUGCAGCUUGGAAAACAAAAAAUCCUAUUCUUUUUCAGAUAAAUAGCACCUAAUACUUUUUUUUUCUAAAAUUAAUUAUUUUUUAAAAUAAAAAAGCAUAUUUAUAUUCCUAUAUCAGGCGCAAUUAUGGGCUUAUCAUUUGGAUUUUUCAUGGGAGUCGGCUCAGUAGUUAGAAGUGAUGACGAAUAUCUUGAUACACUUUCACUGACACUUAGUUAGAUUAUAGAAAAUCUCCAUUUUCGGGAUCCGAAGAUCCUUAUCCCUUCCUAAAUGCUCAACUCGUCUGCUUAGCCGAUAAUCGUAGCACAACCUUCAAAGUCUUGCUCCUACCAGACAAUGCACUCUGGCAGUCAGAAAGCUUGGGUCAUCGCACCCUAAGUCAGCAGGGUUGCCACCAAUGAAAAUUCAAAAGGUUUGAAUUUCUGGUCGGCUCUCGGCUAAGAUGGAAAUCCGUAGCUCAGGGUGUAAUUCCUUUUUUCAAGCUGAGGAAUAAUCCCGAUUGGUCAAAACGAACGCCAUUGAUACUGUAAGAAAGCCCCUUUCCAACUUCCGGACCCAUCUCCCUCUGAGGUAAAACUUGGCAUUGGAGUAAAGCCUGCAGUGAACCAGCCCGACAUUGAACUUCACCAAACCAAGAAAAACCUAGCCAGAUGCACAUAUCUCUUCUUCAAGGUCCCGGCACCCUUUUGGGUGCCGGCUACAGGAGUUAAGAGGGUGGAUUAAUUAACCCACCAUUUUAAUGUAGAAUAUCUUGAUACAAAUCAUUAUGAGCUACUAAAAAUCAAUGAAGAGUGGCAAAUGAGGGUCUUAGAAGCAGAUUGGAAGAGAAAAUACAGAAUCUAA